AUGGAAGAUAUUAUUAAUGAGAUUGAUGGUAAACAAUAUGGGAGUCGCAAAAAGUCGUCUACCACUCAUUAUCUUGUGAACCUUUUUAACACUGUCUUAUCGGACAUUGACUCUGGGGGACGGUUUGUGAAUUUAUGUACUAUAGAUUUCACUAAGGCGUUUGACCGUGUCGAUCACACAGUCUUAAUCAACAAAUUAAUUAACGUCGUAGUACGUCCAUCUAUCAUCCCUGUUAUAAGUAGUUUUGUAUCCAAUCGAGUCAUUAAUACUAUAUUUAAACAGUGUGUUUCGUCUACUAUUGGUAUCACUUGUGCUGUCCCUCAAGGGACGAAAUUGGGCCUCAUCCUUUUCUUAGUUCUUGUUAAUGACGUGGCCCGGAAUGUCCCUAGAAGGUGGAAAUACGUUGAUGAUUUAACAUUUGGGGAAGUAAUGAACGCUAAAAGGGAAGAACAAAAGAUGCAAUCUAUUCUUGAUAAUGUUAGCUUGUGGUGCACUAACAAGUAUAUGCUUCCUAAACUCAGUAAAUGUCAUAUUAUGAUAGUGUCGUUUUUACAAUCCCGUACUCCUGACCCUAUUGUUACCCUUAAUGACCAGGUCAUUCAUGUGGUCGAUUCUAUGAAGUUAUUAGGUGUAAUUAUUCAAAAUGAUUUAAAAUGGGACAAACAUGUGAAUGAAUGUAUCUAUAAAGCUUCUAAACUCCUUUUUACCCUUUCAAUUCUAAGGAAAGCCAAAGCCCCAGUAAAUGAUCUUUUAUGCGUUUUCAUUACUUACAUUCGUCCUGUUUUGGAAUACGCAUACCCAUUGUGGCACAUUUCUUUAACCAUUAUCCAACGUAAUAGAAUUGAGCGGGUUCAAAAGAGGGCGCUUAGGAGUAUUUUCGGUAUGGAUUAUUGUAGUUAUGAUAAUGCUUUAAUAUUGUCCGGGCUCUCUUCUCUUAAUACUAGGAGAGAUAAUCUAAUGAUGAAGUUUGGUAAUGAACUUCUUGCUUCGAAACUGUUUCGUGAUAUAUGCUUCCCCCUAUCGCAAUCACGGUAG